AUGGCGUGGUCGCGUGGAGUAUGGUUUCUUCUUGGCAGGCCCUUUGUCCUCCAAAAGUGGCAUCCGAAGUUCAAGCCAAUUAAGGAAGAAUUUUCUUCCGUUCCGAUAUGGGUGAAAAUACACGAUUUACCGCUUGCAUGUUGGAACUCCGAGGGAAUUUCUCGUAUUGCCAGUAAGAUAGGUAUUCCGGUGGCAGCGGACAAGCUGACGGAGCAGAAAACCAGACUUACAUUUGCUCGCGUAUGUGUUCUUGUAGACAAUCAAGCCAAUUACCCUGAUGAAAUAAAGGUUUCCUUAGACGGUGAUAUUGUUGCUCUGAAGGUGCAAUACGAGUGGCAUCCUAUCCCCUGCGAGCACUGUAAGUCUUUAAUGCAUGCUUCCUUCAUAUGUCCGAAAAUUCCGAAAAUGCCUUCUGAAGCUCAGGACAGAGCUAACACUGGGAGGAGAGGUAGGAGUUUUAGUCGGAAGCCGCAUAGCCAGCACUCUUCUAGGAAUCCGAAUUCAUCCAGACCUCCAGUCAUUAACCCCCAACCAGAACCACAACUCAAUUGCAAUAACAGUAAGCCCACCCCUCAGAAGCCUAACACAGAACAUAUUAAUACCACAGCCCUGUCUUCUUCAAAACCUGCCGUCAUAAUGAAUGCUAUUGGGCAAGCUAUGCACUUUCAACCUCAUUCUCCUACCUCCCAAAAGGUUCCUCCUAAGUCUGCUGUCGAUGGUCUCCCGGAAUCGGACCCUCCGUUAUCUGAGGAUGCUGUGGUAUCGGGUAUCCCCAAUCUCAACUCCCCUCAUGAAACUAUCUCCUCCUCAUCAGUCUCUAAAAUCAUCCCUUCUAAAGACAUCAUAUCUCCUAAUAAGUUUGAUAUCCCGAACUCUGAAGAAGUGAUAUCCUCUCAUCUGGAGGAGAGAAAUGAAGUUAAUCUGGGCUCCACUGCUGGUGGAAAUGCCAAAAAUGUGGACAAAGGGAAGCAAACUCAAGAUAGUUUGAUGUUGAAAAAACUUGCUAGGGGCAAGCAGAGCAAGAAGCCCCAGUCCCGUCCAAAUUCCUAA